CUUUUUUCUCUAUCGACCAAAACAAACAGUAAAUAAGAUCACUUUUACCAUCUUCUAGCUGAUGCAAUCUCGCGCAUUGUUGCGCCUUAGAAGCUACUACAGAAGAUCAUUUGUAUUGCCCAUAUCAAACCAUGAACGAUCCGUGCAAGUAUGUAAUCUCGUUCGUUCGAUUUGCUCUUCUUCUAGCCAUAGAGGAUAUAGCUCGAAUUCGCGUGUGCCACGACUCGAAUGGCUGAUUGGGGACCUUUGCAAAGAAGGUAGAAUUGUAGAAGCACGGAAACUGUUCGAUGAAUUGCCUGAGAGAGAUGCGGUCACAUGGACUCAUGUGAUUACUGGGUAUAUUAAGUUAGGGAAUAUGAGAGAAGCUAGGGAAUUGUUCGAUAGGGUUGAUUCUAGGAAAAAUGUGGUGACUUGGACUGCCAUGGUUAGUGGGUACUUGAGAUCUAAGCAGCUUUUUGUAGCUGAGAUGCUUUUCCAUGAAAUGCCUGAGAGAAAUGUAGUUUCUUGGAAUACUAUGAUUGAUGGGUAUGCUCAGGGCGGGAGAAUUGAGAAAGCCCUGAAACUGUUCGAUGAAAUGCCUGAGAGAAACAUUGUUUCCUGGAACACGAUGAUUAAAGCGCUGGUGCAACGUGGUAGGAUAGAUGAGGCGAUGAUUCUAUUCGAAAAAAUGCCUAAAAGGGAUGUCAUUUCAUGGACUGCUGUGGUCGAUGGUUUGGCAAAGAACGGUAAGGUAGAUGAAGCGAGAAGGCUUUUUGAUUGUAUGCCUGAGAGAAAUAUCAUUUCGUGGAAUGCUAUGAUCACGGGUUACACACAUAACAAUAGGAUAGAUGAAGCUGACCAACUCUUUCAAGUGAUGCCUGAGAGGGACUUUGCUUCAUGGAAUACGAUGAUCACAGGGUUUGUACGGAAUGGGAAAGUUGACAGGGCAUGUGUUUUAUUUGACCAGAUGCCUGAGAAGAAUGUUAUUUCUUGGACCACGAUGAUUACAGGAUAUGUUGAGAAUAGAGAAAACGAAGAAGCGCUUAAAGUAUUCUCAAAGAUGUUAAGGGAUGGUUGUGUUAAGCCUAACGUAGGAACUUAUGUGAGCAUUUUAAGUGCCUGUAGUGACUUGGCUGGACUUGUGGAGGGGCAGCAGAUUCACCAGUUGAUAUCUAAGUCGGUUCACCAAAAGAACGAAGUUGUUACUUCAGCGCUUAUUAACAUGUAUUCGAAAUCCGGUGAACUGAUUGCUGCUAGGAAAUUGUUUGAUAAUGGACUGGUAUGCGAACGGGAUUUGAUAUCAUGGAACAGUAUGAUUGCGGUUUAUGCACACCACGGGCAUGGGAAGGAAGCAAUUGAAAUGUAUGAUCAGAUGCGGAAACAUGGGUUCAAACCUAGUGAGGUUACCUAUCUUAACUUGCUAUUUGCUUGCAGUCACGCCGGACUGGUAGAGAAAGGUAUGGAGUUCUUUAAGGAGCUUGUGAGAGACGAGUCACUUCCUCUGCGAGAAGACCACUAUACGUGUCUCGUGGAUCUCUGUGGUCGUGCUGGUAGACUGAAAGAUGUUUUAAAUUUCAUCAACUGUGAUGAGGCUAGGGUAUCAAGAUCGUUCUAUGGAGCGCUCUUAUCCGCUUGUAAUAACCACAGUGAAGUGAAUAUUGCUAAGGAGGUGGUGAAGAAGGUAUUGGAAACAGGGUCGGAUGAUGCUGGGACUUAUGUAUUGAUGUCUAAUAUAUAUGCUGCGAGCGGGAAAAGGGAAGAAGCUGCAGAGAUGAGAAUGAAGAUGAAGGAGAAAGGGUUGAAGAAACAGCCGGGUUGCAGUUGGAUUAAGAUCGGGAAUCAGACGCAUCUUUUUGUUGUUGGAGAUAAGUCACAUCCUCAGUUUGAAGCCUUGGAUUCGAUAGUAUCCGAUCUUGGCAACAAAAUGAGGAAGAACAAGAACAUGACUUCAGAAGCGGGAGAAGGUGAGUUCUUGGUUAUUUGAAUUCCUUCUGGAUACCAGAGCGGUAUUCAGGCUCUUGGUUUAAGAUUGGUGAACCAAAAUAACCGAUUUAGCCAAGCCAUUUUGGUGUUGGCUAAACAAUUCAACUGCCCGAAGUAUCAAGACGAUAAGGAAAUGAUAUGACACAGCUUGCAGGAUAUUUUCUGUUUGUAGUUGAAGAUGCAACUUAUAGAUUACCAUUUUUUGGUCUGAUUCGAUCAUGUAACAUUUAAACCAGUUAGUACUGAAUACUCCUUGUUCUUCGUUCUAUACUCCCUGUUUCACAAAGAGUGUCAUUCUGACACAUUUCACAUAAAUUAAGAAAAGU